UAAAAGAAAAACUUUUUGGAGUAAUGGAAGAAAAACCACUCUUUCAAUACUUAAGACAACAAAUCAUAGGAACAAUAUAUCAAACUUCUGAAAUCCAUGCUCUUGUAAUAGUGAGACAAUAUUGAUACAAGAUCAAAAACAACUCAAAGGAAAUCUUGAACCAGGAGAAUGAAUCACAUCAAAUUCACAAAGGACACUCUAUCUAUGGAGCAAAUAUUCAAUAUAUCACAUACUAGUUCAAGUAGUGCUGUUAAUAUGUUUAUUGGCACCAAAAAUAUUCUCCAUGAAUAUAACAAAGCUAAUUUUGAAUGUGAAGAAUUUUGUCAACAGGGUUCAAAGUUUUUAAACAAUGUAUGUAUUGAAGCCCGUAGUUCCUGGCCCCACAUUGAGAAUAUUGUAGUGUAUUUUAGAAUAGGGCAACUUUCUGAGGCUGAAACAAGUAUUGUAGUAGCUGUAUCAUCUCAUUUGGAUAAAGAAGCAAUCAAAGCAACUGAAUGGGUUAUUGAUAGAUUCAGAACAUUUAUUUCAACUUGGGACAUUGAAAUUUCACCAGUUGAUAGUUCUGCAUCCAAUUGUUCAAAUUUGAAAAACAGUAGAGAGAUCAAUCAGAAUGUUGAGGCUCCAUACAUACCUCCAUAUCUAGUACAAAUAAAAGCUAUGAAUAAUGAAAUUGAAGAAAGGAUAUCAAGAUUCAUGCAAAGAAAGAGGAGUGACAUAGAUGUUCAUAAUAUUAGAGAAUUUUGUUGUGGUGAAAGAAAUUCUGAGUUUACUUGUGCCAGAGUAGAUGCUGUUCUGCAGAAGAGGAAAGAUUCAAAAAGCCAUUUACAAGUACACCGUGUAUUGAACUCUUAUCAACAUAGAGAUCAGAAAAAUUCAAACUAUCUCACUCAGUUCAUUCCUCCUAAUGGUGUGGAAGAAAGACUAGGAAAUGUUGAGAGUCAGUUGAGUUUAACAGUACCUGUUCCAAAAGAUAUUUUUCAACGUUUGAAACUCAUUGAAGAUCGUUUGUUGCAGUUAGAGUCCAUAUCACCAGAAUAUAUUCAGUUCUGGGACAGAGUUUCAUUACCAACUAGUAGGUCUUCAAAGAAAAGAAAUUUUUGUAUUGAUGAAGUAGAUGAUCUCAUAACAGAGUUAGAGAAGCAAAUCAAAGGCAAUUGAUAAAAAAGUUGAAAAAAUAAAAUAA